AUGGAUACGUGGAAGAACAUCAGAGACAGAGAAUCCGGAAAAUCGCGUCCACAUUCCUUCGCUAAUCGCAUAAAAUCCAAUCGCAUUUCUCAACUCGAGUUAUCAAAUCACAAAGAACUCAUUUCCCCUCACAAAGGCGCAAUCAAUUCCCUUCAGAUUGAUUUGACAGAGGGAAGAUAUCUGUUAUCUUCUGCAUCUGAUGCAUCUGUCGCGGUUUACGACGUUCAACGGCCGAGUGAAUGCGACGGUUUGAUCUCGAAACACAGUUGUUUAUUUGUUGUUGAUAAGCAACAUGAAUUAGCUCAUAAAUUUGCGGUAUCUUCAGCUAUAUGGUAUCCAAUUGAUACUGGAUUAUUCAUUACUGGUUCUUAUGAUCAUCAUGUUAAUGUUUGGGACACUAACACCACUCAGGUUGUGGUAAAUUUUAAAAUGCCUGGUAAGGUGUAUAAGACUGCAAUGUCCACGUUGUCUACGUCUCACAUGCUUAUUGCAGUUGGAACUGAGGAUGUACAAGUUCGUCUUUGUGAUAUUGCUUCUGGGGCAUUUGCUCAUACUUUGUCUGGGCAUCGAGAUGGUGUAAUGACUGUUGAAUGGUCUGCCUCAAGUGAAUGGGUCUUGAUUACUGGGGGUUGUGAUGGUGCCAUACGUUUUUGGGACAUAAGGCGUGCUGGUUGUUUCCAAGUCUUAAAUCAAUCUCGGACACAGCUUGGAAGACGCCCACCUAUACUCAGACGUUCGGCCACAACUAAGGAAUCAAGUACAAAAAUGCGUGCUGCACAGAAGAAAUUUGUCAAUGGCAGUGGCAGUGGACAACUGUCAACUGGCAGGCUAUCAUCUAAGGGACCCAUGAAGCAGAAAUUACAUCCAGGAAUGAUUUCUACUCAGGAUCGUGCAACUGCUCACUAUGGUGCUGUGACAGGAUUGAAAGUAACAGAGGAUGGCAUGUAUCUCUUAAGUGCAGGGUCUGAUUCAAGAUUGAGGUUGUGGGAUGUUGAGUCAGGCUGCGACACUCUUGUGAACUUUGAAACAGUCCGCUUGCAAACAAGCAAACCUAUUCAAUUAGCUACAACUCAAGACUCUACCGUUGUUUUUGUUCCAUGCAUGAGAGUUGUGAAAGCAUUUGAUAUGUGGUCUGGGAACGCAAACACGAUACUACGUGGACACUAUGAGUCUGUAAACUCCUGCUGGUUUAAUCAACAUGAUCAGGAGUUGUACACAGGUGGAAAUGAUAGACAAAUUCUUGUAUGGUCACCUGCUAGGUUAAUUGCAGAUGAAAUGAACGAAGGAGAUCCCGACGAUCAGGAUAACUGGAGUAACUGA